AUGGCCGUGACUGCCGUGUACUUCGUCGCCGCAGCCCACAAUGCCCCGGGCGUGGCCGAGCUGACCGACCGCCUCAUCCGCGCCUUCGACCCCGUGCCCGCCGGCAACUGGGGCCUCCACCACCGCUCCUUCCGCUCCACGCCGCAAAACACCACCGACAAGUCGCCCCCGCACUUCCAGCAUGUCCUCGCCCUGGGCCACUACCCCGACCGUGCCUUUGUGCACAUUGCCGGCCCCGAUCAGCAGCAGGACCAGCAGCAGCAAGACCACCAGCAGCAGCAGCAGCCCUCCACCGUCGCCAUUCCGCUGCAGCAGAUGGAGCAAUACAGCCAGCUGCUGAGCCUCAAAUUCGGCGCCCUGUGGAUGUACCGCAUGGGCUCGCAAGUCGGCGUCGGCGCAUCAUACUCGGUGGGUGAAUUCACCGUACGCUUGGGCGAGCUGCGCGAAAAGGGCGGCCAGAACGCCCUGCGCGGGACCGUCGUGUGCAUCCAGACGGCUAAACAGGAGUCGCGGCCCGACGAAGGAGAGGCGCCCUCCGCGCGAAUCGAUGCCGACGAGGAGCUGCAGGCGGGUCAGGCGCUGGUCCGCGACGUCUGGUCACGCUUCAGCGUGCCUCAAUUCAAGGAAACCAUCACCUCCCGCCCGGCCGCUCCCGAGGCUGACGAUCAGCUCUUCGACGAGGUCCGGCUCUGGUGCGAAGCUCUGCGCUUCCAGAAGUGA